UAACGUGAUUGACUCGAACGCACCAUGGACCACUACAAGGUGGGGAGACCAAUGAAUGCUGUCGUCUGAACACAAGAGACAGUCUAAAAAGACAAGCGAGUCUAAUCUUGAUUAAAACACACACAUCACUGUCUGGGGGGACCGGGAGAGAUUGUCACAUUGAUCCCAGUAAACAGAGUCAACGUUAGUCGCGGUGCUGUUUUGGGACAGUCCGCCUUGUUGAUAUCCAGAGGAGCUGAAGGCCCGGGCUGUGGACAGCCUGCUCUUAGCCCCACGGUCUUUAGGAGCCCAUAAAAUAUGAUUCAUAGGCAACAACAAUGACGUCCAGAUUUGGUAAAACCUACAGUCGGAAGGGAGGGGAGGGCACGUCCAAGUUUGAUGAGGUACUGUCCAACAAGAGAGCCACCCUCAGCACCAAAUGGGGCGAGACCACCUACAAAGCCAAAGUGAGCUCCAAGCGCGUCGCCCCUGCCAGCAGUGCUGCAAAAAGUGACGCUCUGCGGGAAGGCCACAAGCGGCCCCGCAUGACAGAUGACAAAUCAGAGGAUCCAUAUGGCUUCGACAGCGACGACGAGUCCAAACCGGUGUCAUCCCGGUCAGGGAGCAAGCCGUCCCCGGCCAAGCCCGCCUCCGCUGAGCCUCCCCAGGCCGAGAGGCCCGGCUUCUCACUGGAUACCUCCAGCAGGUCCUCCUCCGCCCUCCAGGGCUGGUCCCUGUCCUCUACGCUCAGUAGGGGGACCUCAGCUGCAUUGAGCAGUGACCGGAGCCAGCCCAGGGUCUUGGAGAACACUGCAGUCUUCUUCAAUACCACCACCACUGCCUCCACUACAGGCAACAAGUUCAAGCACAGCUCCUCUCCUGCCUCGUCUGAGAAGCAGCACAGCUACUCUUGGUACCGGAACGCCUCAGAGAGCGACAAGAAGCCCAUGGCGUUGACCACGACGCUGAAGACGGAGUCCAAGGGGGACUCCUCCUCUUCCUACGACGCCUGGGACGCCAUCAUGGGCCUCCCCUCUCCUUCGCAAAGCCAAGCCCCCCGCAACCCCCCUUCAACGCAGUGGGCCUCCAGUGUUAGCGCCACUAGCGGAUAUGCAAUGGGGCGCAGCGGGGCAUCGGGCCUGGGCCUGGGCCUGGCGGCGGGCCGGACCAGGGAGCAGCAGAAGGUCCCUUCUCCCCCGCGACCACACAGCCCCGGUGAGAGCGAGGAUUUCGGGAGCGAUUGGGACAUCCCGGUCGAGCCAUCGUUGGACCAAUCCCAGACCUCCUCUUCCUCGCUUCUCCGAAGCACCAAUUGUCGGACGUACAGGAGACCCAACAAGCAGGGUGCCGGGAAGUCAUCAGACCCUGGCGGUGUGCCUGCUGCUGGCCCCCCCAAGAACCCGUCCGACACCAGUAAUAAGCCAAGCGGCAGUGGGAGGGGCCGGUCCAGGGACUUCACCGUGCUCCACCCUUCCUGCCUGUCGGUGUGCAACGUCACCAUUCAGGAGCGAGGGGUGGAGGACUUUACCAGUGGCGGGCCGCCCUCUAGUGGUGGCGUCGCUGGUGGUGGCGUCGCUGGUGGUGGCGUCGGUGGUGGUGGCGUCGGUGGUGGUGGCGUCGGUGGUGGUGGUGGUGGUGGUAGUAGCGAUGUAAGCGGUCUUGGUCUCGCUACCUCAGGCAGUGCUGUCGAACUCGCUGAGGCAGGAUGGCAGCGUAAGAAGAGUGAAGCGGAGGUGACCAAACCCAGGGUGAGGCCUGCCCAGAGCAAAGUGAAGAAGGACGCCAAGAAGGACCUGUUUGGGUUUGACGACCCCGACGUCCAGCAGGGAGCCGACCACAGCGACCAACCAGCGGGCAGCUCCAAUUACAAGAUUAAAUACUUUGGCUUCGACGACAUGAGCAACAGCGACAGCGAGCAUGAUGAGGACCCUGGCGAGCACGCCAUGCUCUCCAAGAGGAGGAAGAAGGCCAAGAGCGUCAUGGAGUUGGACAUGGUGGAGUCCCCGGUCUCCAUGGAAACACCCGUGGACAGCCCGCCUGACCCCUUUGACAGAUGGAGGGCCCUGGAGGAACUGGAGGCUAAGGAGAAGAAAACCACAGAGACCCGGCGGCCAGACAGAAGUAUGGGAACAGACUCCCUGGCAGAGAGCCUCAGGGUGGCCCAGGCCCUGCUCUCCCCAAGGAGGCCAGCCAGCAGCAAGCAGGCUGACAAGAACCAGGAGAGCCACCGACGCAUCUUCAAGAAGUCUCCUACCAAGGCGGUCUACAACGCCAGACACUGGGCCGUGGACAGUGAAGAGGACGCCCCCCCAGUGGUGUCUUUUCCCCGAUCACAGACCAACACCGUGGUGGCCUCGGGCUCCACCAAGGACUCCAGCUCCCAGAAGGACGAUGGGCUCUUCAAAGCCCCCCCGCCGCCCCCCAGGGUCACAAAGUCCACCACCAUCCCCACUGAGCCCUACCAGGACAUGGUCACUGCACUCAAGUGUCGCAAGGAGCACAAAGAGCUGUUCACGGUGGUGCAGCACGUGAAGCACUUCAACGAUGUGGUGGAGUUUGGGGAGAACCAGGAGUUCACGGACGACUUUGAGUACCUGGCCACAGGUCUCAAGAGUGGACAGCCCUUGAACACACGCUGCCUUAGUGUCAUCAGCCUGGCCAUGCGCUGCGCCAUGCCCAGCUUCAGGAUGCACCUCAGGGCUCGGGGCAAGGUGGCCCAGGUCUUCAACACCCUCAACGACGCUCCACAGCAGCCGAACCUGGCUCUGUGCACGGCCUCCCUCAUGUACAUCCUGAGCAGGGACCGUCUCAACAUGGACCUGGACCGCUCCUGCCUGGACCUGAUGAUCCGCCUGCUGGAGCUAGACCUGGACCAGGGGGGCGGGGCUGCCACAGACUCCGCCUCCCAGCUCAGCGCCAGGGAGAUGGCCAAGGUGAAGGAGAAGAUCCGCAAGCUGUGCGACAUGGUGCACAACAAGCAUCUGGACCUGGAGAACAUCACCACGGGCCAUCUAGCCAUGGAGACUCUGCUGUCCCUCACUUCUAAGAGGGCAGGGGACUGGUUCAAAGAGGAGCUACGGCUUCUGGGUGGACUGGACCAUAUAGUGGACAAAGUGAAAGAGUGUGUGAACAACCUGAGUCAGGAGGAUGACAAGGAGCAGCUGGUGUCCUCUCUCUGGGGGGCUGAGCGCUGUCUUCGGGUGCUGGACAGUGUGACGGUGCAAAACCCAGAGAAUCAGAGCUAUCUGAUAGCCUACAAGGACUCAUCGCUCAUCAUUUCUUCUGCCAAGGCGCUGUGGAGCUGCGAGGCUAUGGUCCAGCGCUACAGCCGGCAGGUGAACCGGGCGCGCUGCUCUGACGGCACCUCGCUGCCCUUCUGCUCCAACAGCAACGUGGGCAAGGCAGUAGAGGACUGCAUGAGGGCCAUCAUCGGGGUGCUGGUCAACCUCACGCACGACAAUGAAUGGGGCAGCACUAAGACAGGGGAGCAGCAGGAUCUGAUGAUCACUGCUCUGAACUGUGUCCUCAGAGUCCCUCAGUUCCUGCCUCAGGAAAAGAGGUUUGACAUCAGAGUCCUGGGUCUGGGCCUGUUGAUCAACCUGGUGGAGUACAGCGCCAGGAACAAGCACUGUCUGAUGGAGAUGGACGUGGAGGUGGAGGUCAGCCUGGGGCUUGCAGACCUCACCGUCCUGCCCAAAGCACAGCCCCCACAGCCCCCCGACACCAUGACCCUCUGCUCCAUCAACCCAAUCGCAGACCUCACCAUCCUGCCCAACCCACAGCCCCCCGACACCAAGACCCUUUGCUCCCUCAACGCAAUCGCCGCCCUAGUACAGCUGUUCCUCGAGCGAGAGCGCGCCGCCCUUUUGGCCGAGUCGCAGACUGAUGACCUCAUCAAGGAGCCCCCCAAGCCGGCGCUGGACCAGAGCGGGGAGUGGCAGGAGGAGGGCGGUGAGAUCCAGUGGGUCGCCAAUGACAACGCCAUCCAACCCACCACCGAGAUCAGCAAGAAGGAGGAAGAGGAGAAGAAGAAGAAGGAGGAGGAGGAGGGGGAACUGGACCUCAACAAAGCUCUGUUGCACGCAGGGAAGCACAUGGAGGACAGCUUCGUGGCCUCCUACACCGCCUUGCUGCUCGGCUGCCUCUGCCAGGGCAGCCCGAUGAAUGUGACUACUGUGAGAGAGAACCUGCCUAAAGGUGACUUUUCCAUCUUGACGGAGAUGCUCAAAAAGUUCCUGAACUUCAUGAACCUGACAUGUGAUAUCGGCACAGCAGGACACAAGUCCAUCUCCAAAGUUAUCGAUUACCUGGAGCACUGCUAGGUUGAAGCUGUCUCUCUCGCACGGACACCCCAUCUUCAUCAUCACUGUAGAGCUGUUAAAGCACUGACACAUACACGUACACAUACACACACACACACACACCAUAAUCAAUGAUGGAGUCACAUAUUGUUGUACGACUUGCAACUCAGUUGUAUUCUGUUCACUUUGGCUUCAGAUUGAAGGUGAACUCCCUGUGCUGUUGUCUCCUCCACGCUAAGCUGGCCUCAGCUCCUUUAAUCAGACGGAGAGUAGUGGCCCUUUAUGCACUCGGCCAUCAUCAGACGCCCCACGUCUCCCCGCUCCCAACAGACAUGGAGUGACACAUGUUUUGGAUUCCAGCAACUCUGCUGGAGAUGCCGUCCAUGACCCCUGACCCCAUCUUGCUCUCCAUUGAUUGAUUGGUUUAAGCUUUUUUUCCCUCUGUUGAUCUGUCAACAGGGAGGUAUUUUAUUAAGAGGUACCCCCCUGAGGUUUGGGCUGUGUGGGUUUGACUGUAGAAUCUGGGCAGGUUGGAGGGGAAGGAAUUUUUUUAAUCACCUAAAAACGAUUUGCAAAAGAUUUGCAAAAUAUAACGACUAACAAGCUUAAUUAGUAAAAGACGUAUCACAUCCAAAUGAAUAAAGCGUCAGUAAUUGUAGAAAUUUUUUCACGAUACUUACUCUUCCAGUGGUAAUUAACCCUCUUAAUCUCGAUCUACCUCUGCUUUAUGUUUUUUAUAUAUAUUAUUUAUUUCUUGGUUGGUCACUCGUUCCAUGUUGUAAAAUGAUUCCUUUAAGAAGUAAAGUCCUUCUGAUUUGUUGUCGUCUCCUACUCAAGACCUUAAAACAGCCAACAUGUGGUCCCAGAAUGUCACUGCAUGGCCAUUUAUAACAUUUUUUACCAAAAACUGAGUAAUUUUGGAAUUUAGAAAUGUUGAAUAUCAGAUGAGGUACCAUCCAAAUGAUUUGAGACAGACUGUUUCCAUGGUUACAAUAGCCCAUACUCUGUUGGUUUCCUAAGCGAUUAGAUUUUUUUUUAUAGUAGUUUGGCCCCUACAUUUAUUUUCCAAAUGUUUCUAAUUUCUCCUAUACUGUCCAUCUCCCACACAGGUAUUGUAUUGACCUCUGACCCGUCACCCUAAUUUAUUUGAUUUCUGACUCUUCUGUCGUCCACUUCCAAACAUGAGACCUCAGAGCCUCUCUUUGGUCCAAUCAAAACCCAACAAACUCCUUGUAAUCCUUUAACAUUAAAGAGCUUUAUUCACAUCUGGAGGAAUGGAACAAGUUUUGUACAUACAUGUAAAUAGGUUGCUUACGGAAAGAAAACAAAAUCUAGACUAGUAGACUCUACUUUUCAGAAUGGGACUCUAUUUUUUAUUUUAUACAGCUGUUUUUCCCACGUGUCGUUUCAAUAGACAGACAAGGUUCCCUGAACCAACUGCAGAAAACCAUGUUCUUUGUAUCAAUUUCCAGAAAGAUGUCUUUGGUUACCUGUAAAUCAUUUUAAAAACAAAUAAAAAAUUGCUACUUUCAGUA